AUGGAGAAGAGUAAUGGCCAACGUGUGAUUCUGUUUCCACUUCCAUUACAAGGCUGCAUCAACCCCAUGAUUCAGCUUGCAAUGAUCCUCCACUCAAGAGGUUUCUCCAUCACUGUGAUCCACACGCGCUUCAACGCCCCAAAACCUACAAGCCACCCUCUCUUCACCUUCUUAGAGAUCCCAGACGGCUUGUCUGAAGCCGAGACAAGAACUCACGAUGUCACACUUCUCCUAACGCGUCUCAACCGAAGCUGUGAGUCUCCGUUUCGUGACUGUUUGACUAAAAUGUUGCAUUCUGAAACAGAGGAAGAUGAGAAACAGAGGAUUAGCUGUUUGAUCCAUGAUGCUCAAUGGAUCUUCACACAACCACUCGCUCAGAGUUUUAAUCUGCCGAGAGUGGUCCUCAGCACCUAUAAAGUCUCCUUCUUUCAUGGCCAUUUCAUUCUUCCUCAACUACGUCGUGAAAGAUUACUUUCCCUACAAGGUUCUAUAACAUAUUCAGAACAAGAUGAUCCAGUAGAGGAGUUUCCACCUCUUCGAAAGAAAGAUAUUCCACCGAUUCUCGAUGAAGAAACGGAGCUCUUGGACUCGUACUCGGACAAGAUCUUGGAAACAACAAAGACGUCUUCUGGUCUUAUAUUCGUGUCAUCUUGUGAAGAGUUGGAUCAAGACUCACUCAGACAAGCACGUCAAGAUUUCAAAGUGCCUAUCUAUGCGAUAGGUCCUUCUCAUAUCAACUUUCCAGCCAUGUCUAGUAGCUUGUUCACACCGGACGAGACCUGCAUUCAAUGGUUAGACAAACAAGAAGACAAAUCAGUAAUAUACCUGAGUUUUGGCAGCCUAGCAAACAUGAGCCGUUCAGAGUUAAUUGAGAUUGCUUGGGGUCUAAGCAACAGCGACCAACCCUUCUUGCUGGUGGUACGUGUUGGUUCGGUGAAAGACACUGAAUGGAUAGAGACGAUACCUGAAGAACUCAUGGAAAAGAUUAAGGAGAAAGGGAAGAUAGUGAAAUGGGCUCCACAACAAGAGGUUCUAAAGCAUAGAGCCACUGGUGGAUUCUUGACACACAAUGGUUGGAACUCUACCGUUGAGAGUGUUUGUGAAGGCGUCCCUAUGAUUUGUUUGCCUUUUGUGUGGGAUCAGUUGCUGAAUGCAAGAUUCGUUAGUGAUGUGUGGAUGGUGGGGAUUCAUCUAGAGGGUCGGAUUGAGAGGAAUGUGAUUGAAAGAGCGGUGAGGAGAUUGUUGUUGGAACCUGAAGGAGAAGUCAUCCGAGAGAGGAUGAAACAUCUUAUGGAGAAUGUAAGAAGAUCGGUUAGACAAAACGGUUCGGCUUAUCGAUCUUUAGAACAUUUGGUCGAUCGUAUAUCAUCUUUCUAG